AAUUUGUUUAUGUACAUUUUUUUUCGAAGAAUUAGAUUUUAGAAAUGUAAAAUAAAUACUAUUUUGAAAGUGCAAUAGGAAAAAAAGGUCUGCUGUUACAGAAAAAAUUAAAUUCUCAGAAGUUGUUUAAUUUCUGAUCCCAGAAAUGAAUCGCUUCGUUACUUAAAGAAAAAAAUAUUUUUAAUGUUUAAAAUCUAAGUAUCCUAACAAACCAAAUCAUUCAUGUCUGGUGUGAGCAUCUAUUGCUAAUUAAUCAAAGUGAAAAUUGAUAAUUUUUAUUUAUUCAGAAAGUAAAAUAGACUUCUUUCACCAUCAUGUCCGGGCUGGAAGAGGUAGGCAUUCCUGGCAAGGACUACUUGCGUGAGGCACUCACUAACUGUGCUGAUCCCCUCAAGGCUAUCGAGGAUUUCCAGACAGAGAAUGGUAUUCUGUUGCCCUCCUUAAGACCAAUGCUGCCCCUAUUGGACCGUCACAGUGUUCCACGGUUGGAAUUUCACCUCUCUGUGCUUGAAGAGUUGAAGGAGACCCUCGUAGUUCAGAUUGAAAACCUCUCCAGACAGGAAGGCAGGGAGAAGGAGAAGAAGCUCAAGGAAUUGCUGCAUAAGUGUUUUGUCCUCAUCCAUGUUCCAAAGAUCAAACCUGUAGUACUGUGCAUCCUUAAACAUAUGGAUAGGGUGGAUGAGGAGUAUCUGGAAACACUGGUUGGCAACAAGCAGCUUUAUGAUGAAUGUGAUGUUCAGGUAAAGCGCCAGAUCUGGCAGGAUAACCAGUCGUUGUUUGGGGAUGAGGUGUCGCCACUCUUGACCCAGUACAUAAAAGAGAAAGAAGAUCAAUUGUUCAAGCACUGUGAUCCUCCAGAGAGCUUUUUUGCCCCUUCCCCCAGGCAGAGACGGCAAGGGGAAGUAGUGCGGAAACUACUCACCAUGAUAGGCCACAAUGUGCGUCUAUACGACAUGGUACUGCAGUUCCUCAGGACACUGUUUCUGAGGACCAAGAAUGUGCACUAUUGCACACUCCGCUCUGAACUACUUAUGGCACUGCACGAUCUAGAAAUCCAGGAAAUCACCCAUGUAGAUCCAUGCCACAAGUUCACCUGGUGUCUAGACGCCUGUAUCAGAGAGAAGAACGUUGAUGUCAAGCGUUCCCGGGAGCUCCAGGGAUUUCUUGACAGCAUCAAGAGGGGGAAUGAACAAGUAUUGGGAGAUCUAUCCAUGACCUUGUGUGAUCCUUAUGCAAUAAAUUUCUUAGCCACCUCUGCACUCAAAAUCAUCACCUACCUCAUCAGUCAGGAAGGAUAUGCCAGGGAAAAUGCAGUUCUAGUUCUAUUGCUGCGCAUGCUGGCACUGGGACUGCAAGCUUGGGAGAUGAUUAGCACUCAGGUUUUCAAGGAACCAAAGUUGGAUGUUCAGUUGGUAACAAAGUUCCUACCUUCUCUAAUGUCGCUUAUGGUCGACGAUCAGAUUAGGGCCAUUAAUUCAAAGCUUCCUCGUGAUGACAGGGAAUCAGCCAUUACAACCAUCGAGCAUUUUGGGCCUCCUCCAGAUGCCUACCAGGCCUACAUCCAGGAGAAUGGAGUGGCUUCUGUCCUUGCCAUGUACUACACCCUGCAAAAUGCCCGCCAAAAAGAUAGACAUGGCCUGAUGCGUGUCCUGGGCACUCUGGCUCUGUGCGAGAAUGACCGUGCUUUUGAGGACCCUUUCAUUAACAGCCUGAUCUGCUUCCUGGCUACCAACUUGGUGGAGGAGUUUGCCUGCGAAGACUUCUGUACAGUGGUAUUUGACGAGUUCUUCCUGACCGGUCUAGCUAAGGAAAAUGUAGUGGGUCACAUCUUGAAACUCCUGUUCUAUGUAUACCCCAAGCUACCCCCCAGCAGGCUGGAUGGGGUGAUGAAGGCAUUACAGCCUUGUGCGCAGCACUAUGAAAGCAUCCAACCAGCUUUCCAAGAGAUCCAAAAGCUUUUGAAAAACCACCAGCCAGUAUGCAUUCCUAAGCCAAUGGAAGUGGAUUCUCCUCUCUUGAGUGUCCCCACUCCUGCACCAGUAUAGGAACAUAAGAACUGAAGUCAUUCAAAUAAAAUGACAAAAGAGUUUCCCACCAAGGUAUGAUUAUUAAGGAGUUACAAGGAUGCAAUUAAUUCUGUCUUGGAAUUCCUCAUUGAACAGAACAAGUUGGAACUUUUUGCUGAAAUAUAGACUGCUGGAAACUACUUGACCAAAAACAAGUUCGACUUGUGUCUUUCUAGGAUGCAUUCAAGAUGAGCUUUUAAAAUAAAUAAAAAAUCUAUUUGGAAAAUAGAUUUGCCUAUUCAUAAGCAAUUUUGUAUUUUUUACCCU